ACCGUAAUUAGUAGUAAUUACUUUAGAGAGUGGAGAUAUUUUAGGGAGGAUGACAUAUAAAAAAUCCGCAGCCACGUCAGCAAAAGGAGAGAUGAAGACGAAGUGCUAGAAGUAGGAGGAUUGAGGUAUGGAGGGAUCAGGUGAGGGUCGGGCAUGGUCCAUAAGCUUGCUGCUGCUAGCCUUAACUCUUGCCGUUAAUGCUGAUAGACGCUCUCUGCUUGCUAACGGCCUCGCCGCUACUCCUCCUAUGGGAUGGAAUAGCUGGAACCAUUUCAACUGUUUUAUUGAUGAGCAAAUGAUUAGACAAACUGCUGAUGCUCUUGUCUCAACUGGCCUUGCGGAUCUCGGAUAUAAAUUUGUUAACAUCGAUGACUGCUGGGCUGAAAUCUCUCGAGACGAAAAGGGCAGACUAGUGCCUAAGAAUUCCACAUUUCCUUCUGGUAUUAAGGCUUUGGCCGACUACGUCCAUAGCAAGGGACUUAAGUUGGGAAUAUACUCUGAUGCUGGCUAUUUCACUUGUAGCAAGAAAAUGCCUGGUUCACUCGGACACGAGGAGCAGGAUGCAAACACCUUUGCUUCAUGGGGCAUAGACUAUCUGAAGUACGAUAACUGUAACAACGACGGAUCAAAGCCAAUAGUCAGAUAUCCAGUCAUGACAAGAGCUCUCAUGAACGCUGGCCGCCCUAUCUUCUUUUCGCUGUGUGAAUGGGGAGAUAUGCACCCAGCCUUGUGGGGUGCAAACGUAGGAAACAGUUGGAGAACCACAAACGACAUUUCUGAUAAUUGGGAUAGCAUGGUUUCCCGAGCAGACCAGAACGAGGUCUAUGCAGAAUAUGCCAGACCAGGUGGCUGGAACGACCCUGACAUGCUUGAGGUUGGCAAUGGAGGAAUGACCAAAGAUGAGUACAUAGUCCAUUUCAGUUUAUGGGCGAUUUCCAAGGCUCCACUUCUUAUUGGUUGUGAUGUGAGAAAUGUGACUAAAGAAACAAUGGAAAUCAUAUCAAAUAAGGAGGUGAUCGACGUUAACCAAGAUAAGCUAGGUGUUCAAGCGAAGAAGGUCCGAAUGGAGGGAGAUCUCGAGGUGUGGGCAGGGCCUCUUUCUGGGUACAGAGUAGCAGUGGUGUUGCUCAACCGGGGGGCAUGGCGUACGGUGAUGACUGCUCGUUGGGACGAUAUCGGCAUCCCUCCGAGUAGCACUGUGGUGGCAAGAGACCUGUGGCAGCACAAGACAUUGAAGCAAAGAUUUGUGGAUAUAUUGACGGCAACAGUGGAUUCUCAUUCAUGCAAGAUGUACAUACUCAAGCCUAUAUCUUGAGGGAUAUCUUGAAUAAUAGCUGCUUUGAAUAAGGGCUUCCCACAAACAUUUGUAUGGAACAAAUUAUUGCUAAUUAAUUUCGUGUGUUUUUGA